AUGUCAUACUACAACGAAGGUUACGGCGGGCAACAAAACUACAACGAGCCUCCUCGAGUCCCUGAGCCAUGGGUCGCGAGAUGGGAUGGUGAAGCGAGAAGGUGGUACUACAUCAACCAACAGACAAACCAUCAGACCUUCGAGUAUCCUCAACAGUCGUAUCGUAACGAGGGUUACAAUAGUAGCUAUGGACAAAAUUAUCGCGGUCGGAAUGAGGGUGGCUACCAUGAGCAACAACCGAAAGAGAAGUCACACACAGGUCGCAACGUUGCUCUCGGUGUUCUAGGGGGCGCUCUUGCAGGUGCAUUCGUGGAACAUGAAGGACAGAAAGUCGAGGAGAAAUGGGACGAAGACAAGUACCGCAUUGAGAAUGAUGUUCGCCAGGAUGUGGACAAUGUUGAAGACUUCCCGGAAGAUGCAGCUCGCUGGACCGGCCGAAAGGUCCAAGAUGUUGAAGACAUUCCUCAAGAUAUCGAGAACAAAUGGGACAAUGCAGUGCAGGAUGUUGAAGACGUGCCAGAAGAUGUGGCAGGCUGGGCCGGGAGGAAAGUCGGCGAUGUGGAACGAUUUGGUGACAACAUCGACAAUGCCUAUGACGAGGGCCGUGAUGAGUCUCGCUACGAUGACGAAUAUCGCGGCAAUUACUAA